GCCGCCGCCGCGGCGGCUCCCGGGCGAGGGCUCCGCCGGCCCCCCGCCUCCCCGGGGCCGUGCGGGCGCUUCUGCGCCACGGCGCCGCCGGCUCGCUCCGCUCCGCUCCGGCGGGGGGCGGCGGCGGCGACCCCGCCAUCCACCUCGGGCCCCCCGUUCGCCGCCAGCCGCCCGCCCGACGAGGGGCGCAGGAGGCGGGCGGGGGCACAGGUGGGCAGCGCUGCCACCCCCGGGGGCCGGGGAAGCCCCCUCUGGAUCCCCUCCGCAGCUUCCCGCAGCUCCUCGCACACAGAUCCGGCUGCCGGCGGCGGUCGCUGCGCCAAGGCCGGGCCGCGGCCGGGCCGUGCGGCGGGGCCGAGACCGGCGGGGACCACGCCGGGCCUGCCCUGCCCCAGUCCCCGGGAAGGAGUUCUGUGCGACCCGAACUCGCUCCUCUCCUGUGUCCCGCCCGGGCCUGUCGCGGUGCGCGGCCUCGGGGGCGCACAGUGGCCGCUCCGCCGCCGGCGGGGCGAGGGGCGCCCGGCGCCGCUCGCCCGGUCAGCGGCGCGGACCUCGCAGCUCAGCCGCUGUGUGUUUGUACGUGUGUGUUAGUCAGCUCUCUCUGUGCACGUCUUGCGCUGCCCCCAAACUUCGGACAGGGCCCCGAACUUUGCCAUCAGUGCUGGGCUCUCCCACUCCCAAAAUGGAUGUCGGCAUCUCUUCCAGCGAUGGGCAGAGCCGUUUACCGGCCCUCGCCCCGCACGAGGGUUUGGGGGCCGUCGUUGAGGUGGGACCCAGGGACACACUGCUGUAAAGUUCCCUAGUCCAGGCUUCUCAUGGGGCUGGGUGGCGUGUUCCCAGUGUUCAGGUGUCUAGUGGGAAAAAGUUCAUCUUGAUUACAGCCAGGCCUGGAAGUCACAGCCAUGCCCUCCUGGAGAAGCGUGGGCUGCUUGGGCUUUUCUGUGAGGGUGAAUCCUGCAGCAAAGCUGUUUGCUUUGUAGUGCUCAGGGUCCCACCUGACAAGUCAGUGAUACCCAAGCAAAAAAUUUCCCUGCAGUGUAUCUGGCUGGUGUUGCCUUACGGCCAGCAAGCUGUUUCUGUGAAUACGAAGACAUAAACUUCUCAAGCCAUGUUUGGAAUGCUCCCUGUGCAACUACCAUGGUACUAAAAAAAGUUUAUGCUGUACAAAAGAGUAGAUAAAAUGCUGCUGUUGUAGCCCCUCUCCUUGCAUGCAAUACUGCCUUGAACAGUACUGAGGGAUGUGUAUGAGUAACUGCAGUGUAGCAAGGCACAAGGAAGGCUGUUUGCUCUGCCAUAGCUCGGGAUUGUUGAGCUGUGCUUCUGUCAGGGAGCAUACAUUGGUGUAUCUCACUUGUGCUUGCCAGUGGCAUCGAGCUGCACAGGAAUAAGGUCUUCCUAGGUUGUGUGGUCAUUCCAGGUUAGCAGUCUACACCAGUGAUAGUAAUACUAACGCAUUUAAGCCAUUUGCUAACUACUAGGAGGUUCUAUAUAGGCUUUGUUGUGAUAUUGCUGCUUAUAUAAACAGUGCCAGACUGUCAGAUUUCUGAAUGAAAUCUUUUUUCUAGAAAGUCAGCAGCAGUGUAAGAUUUCCAGUACUGAUUUCCAGCUGCUGAACCUUAGCUUUGACCUAAAAAAAAAACUCAGAGAGAGAGAUUUCUGCUCCUUCAGUCUUUUUGAAGAUUCCUAUUGCUGCCAGCUAGGAACAGGAUUAAGGCUACUUGCUUGUUUGUAGUUUUUGAGGGGAAAGGACAGUUCAGAUUUUCUUUUCUUUGCAGACAACUUUUCAGCCACAUUACUCAGCUUGGGUUCUGCUCAGGCUGCUCAGCUUGGAGGCCAAAGUCUUUGUGUAUCUUUUUGCCAGCUCAACCGACCUUGUUCCCUAAGAAUUACAUAAAAAUAAUAAUAAAUUUGACUAAUUUUAAAUUCUGAUUUAAGAUAGUAGAUUGUAAAGAAACUUUCUAAUUUUACUUGCAGAAAAACCUGAUCAGAGGUGUUUUAAUGACUGGAUCAAGUUUAAAUAAGCCUUUAACACCAUCAGCCUCUUCUCAGCCUCUUCUUUGGCAAAGUGACAGGCAAUGGCACAAGUUAAAAUGCAGACUACAGCAAACCUGUCUGGACCCACCAUGGCCCCUGUGGUGCUACCCCUGCCAGUUACAGCUACAAAUACACUGAGUCUGCCAUCCUCAAUGAAUGGAUCCAUUUCAGAAUCGGCUGCCAGCUGUAGCAGUCCUACUGCCAGCCUUGUGGAUCCCGUGUCUUUGAUCAACUCACCAGACUCUUUAUUUACAGCUCCUCUCCAAGAUAACAUGGCAAACCCCAAAGAGAAAACUCCAAUGUGUCUGGUAAAUGAGUUAGCCCGUUUCAAUAGAAUUCAACCCCAGUAUAAGCUUCUGAAUGAAAGAGGGCCUGCUCAUGCCAAGAUGUUCACAGUGCAGCUGACUCUUGGAGAACAGACAUGGGAAGCUGAAGGAAGCAGUAUUAAAAAGGCCCAACAUGCUGCUGCUAGCAAAGCAUUGAAUGAAACUACCCUUCCCAAGCCAACGCCUAGACCACCCAAAAACAAUGUAAACAAUAAUCCAGGCAGUAUAACACCAACUGUGGAGCUGAAUGGUCUGGCGAUGAAAAGAGGCGAGCCUGCCAUCUACAGGCCGUUAGAUCCAAAGCCAAUCCCCAAUUACAGAGCAAAUUAUAAUUUCCGGGGCAUGUACAAUCAGAGGUAUCACUGCCCAGUGCCUAAAAUUUUCUAUGUCCAGUUAACUGUUGGCAACAGUGAGUUUUUUGGUGAAGGAAAGACUCGUCAAGCUGCUAGACAUAAUGCUGCAAUGAAGGCCCUUCAAGCUCUUCAGAAUGAGCCUAUUCCAGAAAAAUUACCUCAGAAUGGAGAAACAGGAAAAGAAUCAGAAGAAGAUAAAGAUGCAAACAAAUCUGAGAUCAGUGUAGUGUUUGAAAUUGCUUUGAAGCGCAAUAUACCUGUCACUUUCGAGGUGAUUAAAGAAAGUGGACCUCCUCACAUGAAGAGCUUUGUUACACGAGUUACAGUAGGAGAAUUCACUGCAGAAGGAGAAGGCAACAGUAAGAAACUCUCAAAGAAACGUGCUGCAAUGGCUGUACUACAAGAACUUAAGAAACUUCCUCCUCUUCCUGUGAUUGAAAAGCCAAAACUUUACUUUAAAAAGCGUCCAAAAACAAUAUUGAAGACUGGACCAGAAUAUGGUCAAGGAAUGAAUCCCAUCAGUCGUUUGGCUCAGAUCCAACAGGCCAAAAAGGAGAAGGAGCCAGAGUAUGUUCUUCUUUCAGAGAGAGGAAUGCCUCGCCGUCGAGAAUUUGUUAUGCAGGUAAAAGUAGGCAAUGACAUUACUACUGGAACAGGCCCAAACAAGAAAAUAGCUAAAAGAAAUGCAGCAGAAGCGAUGUUGCUACAGCUGGGAUACAAAGCCUCUACUCCUCUUCAAGACCAGACGGAAAAGCUUGGAGAAAACAAAAGUUGGAAUGGCCAAAAUGUUGGGUUUCCUGAGCCAACAAGUAAUACACCAAAGGGAAUACUCCAUCUCUCUCCUGACGUAUAUCAAGAGAUGGAAGCAAGCCGCAACAAAUCAGCCCCUGGUACCACUGUAAGCUAUAUGUCAUCCAAAGAAAUGAGCCAGACUUCUAGCUCUUUCUUCAGCAUAUCUCCUACCACAAAUAGCACGGCCACCAUUGCCAGGGAACUUCUCAUGAAUGGAACAUCCCCAACUGCUGAAGCCAUAGGUCUCAAAGGAAUAUCUCCUGCUUCCCCCUGUUCUACAGUGCAGCCUUCAAAACAGCUGGAAUAUUUGGCAAGGAUUCAAGGCUUUCAGGUACACUACAGUGAUAGACAAAAUGGCAAAGAGUGUUUGACCUGUUUGACACUGUCUCCUGUGCAGAUGACUUUCCAAGGUAUCGGAAGCUCCAUUGAAGCCAGCCAUGACCAGGCAGCGUUAAGUGCCUUGAAACAGUUUUCAGAACAAGGACUGGAUCCAGUGGAAGGAGCUAUGAAAGUUGAGAACGGAUCACAUGAAAAACAAGUCAAGCAUCUGGGAGAGAAAGCAGACAAUAAACAGACUAACUCAGGCACCAUUGCUCAGGACUGCAAGGAUUCAAAGGCUGUCGUCUAGGAGCUUCCCAGCACCCACGGCUGCCACUGCAUCCUUAUAAACCUGUCAACACGCAAUAGGGUGUAUGUGUACAAGGAAAUGAAUGACUAAUACCAUUAUUUGAGUCUUAUGUGAAGACAACACUAUUCUAACACAAGAGAUAGUAUACAUGGUACUGUUUAUUCAACUGUGGAAAAAAAUAAAAUUGAACAUUUCCCUUAGAACUCGAGAUCAGAGCAUAACUCAAUUGCCCAGAGGCAGAAGAAGUCUGAUCGUGUUACUGGAGGUUAAAAUAACAAUGAAUUAACAAAAGGUGUUAGGAAAAAAAAAAAGGAAACUUUACAAUUGAUUAAUAUUGAGGAAAACAAGUCAGCAUUGGUUCAGUUAUACAAUUUUUUGUAGUGUAGUUUUAAGUUCAGCUUACUGUUUUUUAAAUAAUGCUUGAAUAUUUUAAAAUUAACCAAUGACAGUGCUGUGAGAAUUGUAGUUGUUGUCUUCAUAUAUAGUCAUACAGCUUAUCUUUUUAUGCAGACAUUAUGCAUUCUUCAUUCUAUAUGAAUAUGUAUGACUUUAAGAUGCACUACUCAGAGUUGUAUGCAAACAGAAGUUUAAAUCUUGACAAGUAUUUGCUUAACAUGAACAGAUGUUAGUUAUGAUCAUUUUCGAUAUACUCCAGGAAAAAAGCAAAUAUGGUAUUUGAUUUUCCUUGCCAUAAUCAAUUAAAGAGGCGUCUUGCCUCCAAGCAACAUUUUCCCCUUCGAUUCUGCUCUCUGUUGUGUGAAGCACAUCUACACCCCAUUCUGUGUGUUGUAUCAACCCACCGUUUGCAUCAACUGAGUGUUUUUAAUCUCUGCAUUCGGACCAAGAGCAAAAGGGAGGACUGCAACGUUAUCGAGCCAAGGGCGGAAACUGUUGAUGUAAAGAUCAUUCUUUUGUGAAAGGAGUGGCAGCAGAGAUAAGACCUGUGGCUGCUCUGUACCAGCAUAUUUCUUUUAAGUGUGUGGCCAAAUGCAGUAAAACCACAUCAGUUCAUGUGUACAAUGA